AUGCCCUUCAAGAUUGUUCAAACAUUCGAAGACGGUGAGCAGUGCCUCAGUGUUGUCCCUUCGGGCUGGGAGAAAGAGAAUAAAUUAUGGUGGCCAAAGGCAACAAGUGCUGCUAAAUUGCUGCGUGAUGAACAUUCGCGUCCCACGUCCAAAUGGCAACGGAUGGAGUACACCAAGAAGCGAGAAUACCGCACCAGGCUGGAGGCAGAAGCAGAACAUGAAAAGAUGGAACCGCUUUCCGAUACCGAGGCAGAAGAGAGGAUUAUGGUUCCUGCCAAAAAGACACGCAAAAACGGUGUCUCAAAUUCGAGCGUAACAAAACAUGUGCCGAAAAACUUCAACGACUUCCUAACGCCUGCUAAUCCUAAUGUCCCGCUUGAAAUCCAAACGGAUUACCUUCAACCAGUGCCAGACGAAGUUCAAGACUCUUCGGUUACUUUGCAGCUUGGAGGCAGAGUUUUGAUUCAGUCGAUCGACAACAACAUCAGCUAUCAGUCAGUAUCAUUGGAGGACGUUGUAUCGAACCAAACAUUGAUUAUUGGUAAUCAGGCAAAAAUAAUCAACAGCCUCGCUCAAUUGAAAGCCAGCAUGGAUUACAUCAAUGAUAGGGUCCUGCAAAUCGAAUCAGGGAUCUCAAGAGACAAUGCUGCUGCUGAAGAGUCAAAUGGAGAGUCUGAGCCGCAGAUUAAAGUUCCGUUUAUGAUGUACAAGAAAAUUCGACAGCUGUUUUUGAAGCUGGUCCUGCAGGCAGAUAACGACUUCACAGCUAUCAAAUGUGAAGAGUUUUUUAAACGGGUACUGAAAAACAGCAAGCAAAGAUUGCUAGCUAAAACAGUGUCCAAGCAUAAGAAUCGUCCGAAAAAUUUAGUGUAUAAUGCCCGUCAACAGCAAGCUGAACAGAAUCCUCAAUAA